GAGAUCCUGCAGAGAGAAGCUGACAAUGCUGCAACAGGAGUAUUAACAGUAUUUGUAUUCAGAUACAAAAUAUUUGUACUUAUUGUAGUACUCAUAGGUGGAGAAUUGUAAUUGUAGUUAUUGUACUUACAGUAACAGAAGGCAUUUGUACUUAUUGUUGUAAUAUUGCCCAUAUAUUGAUAGUUUUUACACCUAUUGUAAUAAUAGUACUGUGGCAGUAGUAAUAUUUGUUAAUGUAGUUCUAAAAGCAUUUGUAGUUCUAAGAAAGAUAUUCAUUGUGUCUUUGUAGUCAGCCUAAUUGUCAUAGUUGCUUCAGUGGUUAUAACAGCACUUAAUAAAUUGAAGCACUGACCGUAAAGUAAACAACAGAGUGGAUUAUAAGGAAAAUGCAGGACUACGAGGAGUCAGUGUCGUUCCUGGGGACCUGGGGCCCGUUCCAGAGGAGGGUCUUCUUCCUUCUCUGUCUCACCAGCGCUCCAAGUGGAUACAACCUCCUUUCCGUCAUCUUCCUGCUAGCUACACCCACACACCACUGCCACAUCCCUGCCGAGAGCAACCUGAGCCAGGACUGGAUCCAGGCCAGCAUCCCAGUACAGCAGGUGGCCGGGCGGCCUGAGAGGAGCAGUUGUAGUCGGUACGAGCUGGACCUGGUGCAGAACCUGUCUGCACUGGGAACCAGACCCAGCCUGGACCUGGUCAACAACCUGGGAUCAAGUCCAGAGGUCCUCCUCUCCAGCCUGAAGCAGGAGAGCUGUAAAGAUGGAUGGACCUACAGUACUGAGUACUACCAGUCUACUGUAGUCAGUGAGUUUAGCCUGGUGUGCGGUGACCAGUGGAAACAGCCUCUGACUUCUCUCGUCUACUUCCUGGGAGGAUUGUCCGGAUGCUUCAUCUCUGGACAGAUCUCUGACCGGUUUGGCAGGAAGCCUGUACUGUUCGGUGCCAUCGCGAUGCUUAGUGUCUUCAGCAUUGCCGUGGCCUUCGCUCCGUCCUGGCCCAUCUUCACCGUGCUCUUCUUCAUGCUGGGCCUGGGUCAGAUCACCAGCUACAUAGUUGUGUUUGUACUGGGUUCAGAGAUCCUGAUUGGUUCGACCAGAGUUAUCUUCUCCAGCCUGUGCUUGCCUUGCGUCUACGUGUUUAGUAUGAUGCUGCUGCCUGGCACCGCCUACCUGGUCAGGAACUGGAGACACCUGUCAUGGACCAUGGCCGUACCAGGCCUGGCCUGUAUCCCCCUCUGGUGGCUGGUUCCAGAGUCUCCUCGCUGGUUGGUGUCUCGUGGCCGUUCGCGGGAAGCAGAACUCCUUCUGAGGUCAGCAGCUCUGGAGAACCGAGUGGAAGCUCCUCAUGUCAUCUUCCUCUCAGCCAACGUUGAGAAAGCAACAAGUCAGAAGGCAGAGUCCUUCAGCUUCCUGGACUUGCUGAGGACCCCAAACAUUCGAUAUAUCAUACUUAUGCUGUGGCUCAUCUGGUUUUCUUUGAGUGUGAGCUACUUUGGAUUGUCAUUCAACAUGUCUGGUCUCUAUGGCAACCCCUUUCUGAACUACUUCAUGGUGACAGCUGUUGAGCUCCCAGCGUACGCUGCCAGCUGGCUGGCGGCACGUAGUCUUCCUCGGCGCCGGUCCUAUAUCAGCUUCACCUUGCUGGGGGCGCUAGCUCUGCUCCUCAUCCAGAUCACUCUGCACAGUCAUCCAACGCUCACCCUGUCCCUGGUGCUGCUGGGUAAAUUUGGCAUUCUGGCCGGCACCGGGGUGUUGUACAUGUUCACUGGUGAGCUGUCUCCCACAGUCAUCAGGAACACAGCAAUGUCGUCCUGUGCCAUGUUCUCCAGAGUGGGGUCCUCUGUUUCCCCAUACCUGCUGCAGCUGGCUGUGUUCUAUCAGUUCCUGCCGUGGAUCGUUGUCGGUUCUCUGUCGCUGCUCAGUGUUCUGCUCUGCGUUUUCCUGCCUGAGACCUUCAGACAGCCGCUGCCCGACACCAUCCAGCAGAUGGCACUCACACAGCGGUUCAGGUGGCCAUGGGCCUCCACGCCUCCUCCAAAGGAUGAUGGGAAAUCAGCUAAAGACCAGACUACUACACCUGACAUCAUCUGCACAACUCGCCUAUAAGACUCCUGACACACAAACGAAUGAAAAAACAAAACUGAGGACGACACUAAAACUGCCUAAAAAAACACCAAAACUGUUAUAUUUUAUAAAUUAGAUUUUAUUCUGUUUUGUCAGGAUGGUGGUGUUGUUUUCUGUGUGGACCAGGUGGCGGCUUAUGGACACUGGGAGAGGACCUGCUGAGCCUCCAGUGAUACAUUCACUCACACUUUAUGAAUAGUUUCGAUACAGCGGGGACAGAGUAGUGCGCAACAGUGAGACAACAAAGGCAACUAUUGCAAAGCUUCACUGAAAAUAAGGAGUCAAAAAAUGACUGGGAUAUUUUUUUUACCAUUAAAACCAAUGCGAAAAGUGAGGUCACUUUAAAACUUUAAAAGGGACAUUUAAAUCACACAUCAUUUACACUUGCUGUAGAUCUAGUUUACUGUGUUUCCUCUCAUGGAUUGAAACAUUGGUGCAUUUGAGGUGAUAAACAUGACACGAAGGUGACAAACAGUCUCAGCAUAUAUAUGGAAAGAAAUAUAAAUCAUAAACAUGAACUUAAGGUGAAUGUGAAAGUAAAUCUUAAUGUGAAUUCUGUACAGACUCAUUUUGCUACACGUGCUACAUUACAAGAUUCAGAGUUGGUAAUAUAAACGUUUUAGUUGUGUAUAUUAAGAAUGUAUUGUUUUGUUUCACCAGUAGCUUGAAGACAAACAUAUGGACGUAUAUAUUUAAUGUGAUAAAUAAAUUAAUACAUCAAAUUAAAUAAAGCCUCUAUAUCCCUUAUUUAAGGGUCCUAACUGUUAACGGACACGAUCAUCUAUUUAAAUAAUAAUAAUUCUGCUAUAGUUAUUAAUCAUCUUUAAUAUUUUUAUUUAAUUGAUUAUGACUGGCUUUAUUGUUUGUUGACUUUGUGUUUUCAUAUACAAAGCUUUUUUAUUUAUUCAUCUGAACAUAAAUCUGAUCCUGAUAAUUUUCUAGUUGGUCUUUAUUACGAAACAGGAUCUGAUUAUUUAAUCUGAUUAUUAAAGAUCCGAUUAGUUAAUUUAUUGGCCCCAAUACUUCUGAGGGGCAUACGUUAAGAUAUAAGCAUAGCCUUUUCCCUCGAUAAAUAAACUAUUUUGCCUCUUUUGUUAUCUUA